CGCAUGUUCCUUCUAUUUUCAGUUUCCUUAUGUAUUGUGCUCCCCCUCAGCUUGCAAAGGAACAUGAUGGCUUCCAUUCAAUCCUUCAGUGCUAUGGCUCUUAUGUUCUACACGGUGUUCAUGUUUGUGGCCUGAGAUGGAGCCAAAUACCAAUGUGAGUUCGUUCAGGACUGCGAUUCCUCUAUCCUCCCAGAUUGUGCUGUCCUCUUUUAAACAUGGACUUUUCAGUGGGCAGUGGUGGAAGCAUGUUAGUUACAUUCGCUGGGAAGGUGUUUUUCGCUGCAUUCCAAUCUAUGGAAUGUCAUUUGCCUGCCAGUCCCAAGUUCUGCCCACGUACGACAGCCUAGAUGACCCAUCAGUUAAAAUAAUGAGUUCCAUCUUUGCUCUAUCCCUGAACGUGGUGACCACAUUCUAUAUAACGGUUGGCUUCUUUGGCUAUGUAAGCUUUACUGAAAGCAUUGCUGGGAAUGUGCUUGUGAACUUCCCUUCCAAUCUGGUGACAGAGAUGAUCAGAGUGGGCUUCAUGAUGUCUGUAGCAGUUGGUUUUCCAAUGAUGAUCCUGCCAUGUAGGCAAGCUCUGAACACACUUUUAUUUGAGCAGCAGCAAAAAGAUGGGACAUUUACUGCAGGAGGAUAUAUGCCACCAUUACGAUUUAAAGUCCUUACACUGGUUGUAGUGUUUGGUACUAUGCUUUGUGGCAUACUCAUACCAAAUGUGGAGACAAUUCUGGGUCUCACGGGUGCGACCAUGGGAAGUCUGAUUUGCUUAAUUUGCCCAGCUCUCAUCUAUAAGAAGAUCCACAAUAAAGGCCUUAAUUCUCAGUUUAUCCUGGGAGUAGGACUUGUGAUUCUGGUUAUCAGCACAUAUGCUACAUUGACAGUGACUGAGGAGCCAACAAAAAUCAAAUCGGAGCUGCAGGAGAGAGAGGAUCUAAAAGAGGAAAUGGUUGAACUUGAGCAAAUUCAUUCUGAAAUAUCAGAUAAAAAGCCAGCAAUGGAACAACCAGGCGAUGACAGGGAUAAACCCAAAUUGCCUCCCAAGAAGCCAGAAGAAGAGCAAAUUAAGGGACCCAUAGAGGUUCCUCAAAAAAAAGACACAAAGAAGCAAGAGGAAGUGCAGCUAGAUCGGCCUGAUCAAGGGGACAUUGCAGUACCUGUGGGAGAGGCCCAUAGACACGAGCCACCAGUGCCCCGAGAUGAGGUAGCUGUAGAUGAGAAUAAAGACCAGGAAGAAAGAGAGGAGAAAAAAGAAUCAGUGGUGGACAUUGACAGUACUGAAAAGAAGGAUAAGCAACAGAUAAAAUUGGAAAACGAGCUAGAAAUGAAGGACCAGGCUGAGGUCAACAAGAGAAUAAAUGAGCCUUUGCCACAGAACCCACCAAAAGAGGUGGAUGAUCCAAAUAAGCAGCAGCUGGAAAAUCCUCCCACCCCAAGAUUAAAGGAGCAGCCUCAAUUCAAGGACCUGGAAGGCAUCAGGAAGAUUGUGGAUGUUCCCGUGGAAAUCAAGAAAAAUACAGAGAUUGCAGAAAAGAGAGACAAUAAUUUUGCCAAUCCUGCAAAGGCCAUAGAGAAUCCACCCAUUAAAGAUGAGAAGAAUGAGCAAGAACCCCAUGAAGAACCUAAAGCAGGAGAUAACCAAGCAGAAGCUGGGAAGGCAGAGCUGCUGGACCAUGCUUUUUUACUACAAGUCAUCAAGGAGCAGCAGGUGCAGCAAAAGCGUUUGUUGGAUCAGCAGGAAAAACUCCUGGAAGUAAUAAAAGAACAGCACAUGGAAAUUCACCAACAGAAGGAGGAUGAAGAUCAGCAAGAUAAACUUGAAGGCAAUAUAGCAGACAAAAAUAAGGAGGAGCUGAAAGCAGAAGCCAGAGUGGCACAGAAGCCACUAGAGGGGGAGAAUGCAGAAGAAGUGAAAGCUGAAGUGGAUAAAUCUGCAGUAGAGGAGCCUGUGGUUGUGAUGGACAAAGAACAAAAUCCUGAUGUGAAUGAAGAGGUUAAGGGAAAUGUGCCAGAUGUCAAAAUGAAUGACAAUAAAAUCAAUGUAGAGGAAGUGAAAAUGGCAGUUUCAGCUGCCAAACAGCCCCAGUACACAAAAAAACAAUCUGUCCAGGAAAACUUUGUUCACCAACAAAGUGUUGACCGGUAUGCUAGUGAUAACCAUAAGCAGCAGGAGAAAGCUGUGGCUGCAAAUAUAGAUAAUGUUCUCCCAAAUGUUGGGCACAUCAUUCUGCAGGAAACUGCAAUCCACAAAGCUCCUGUAGCAGUACCAGGCCUACAGGAAAAGGUGGGAAAGGUAGCACUGCAGACUGAGCCAAAACAGAAACCUUUUAAAAUGGCUGGUGCAGGAGAGAAACUGCUUAGUGCUGUGCAAGAAGAAAAAAUACUGGUUCAGAAAGGAAAACAAAUACAGGAAGUGAAAGCUGAUAAGUUGAUACUGGAUCAUAAGCCAGUACCAGACCAUGGGCUGCAUGAAAAUAAAGAGGAAGCUGAUGCACCUGUAUUAGGCCUAAACCAAGCCAAUGACAUUAAGGUUGAAUCCAAGAAAGAACACAUUGAAAAGCCAAACGAUGGGGCUGCCCUAGAGCAUGAUGAGGGUAAGCAAAACCGAGAUCUGAAAGCACAGAAUGAUAUGGAUUUGAGAAGAAAAAAGAGAGAUGUGUCUAAGGUAGAGCAAGAAAAUGAUGGUGCACAGAUCAUAAGUUUCCAUCCUGUACCCAACCUAAAAGUAAACGAUCUGCGUGGUGCCCUUGAGGCGCGGCUCAAUCAGAUGGUUGAUGGAGGGUUACAGGUUGUUCAGAGCCGGCAAAUCAAACAGUUGUUAAAUGAGCAAAAGAAGAGAUGAGCACAAAGAAAACUGCUUGGAAUAAUUUUACCAGAGACCCCUGUACCACAUUGCAAAAAUGCCUGAAAUGUAUAAAGUUUCUGUAUAACAGCCGUUUAUUGUACAAACGGAACUAAGAAACAAACUAUGACUGGAACUGUAUUAAUUGUAUUUGUUACAGGAUCUUUUGAAAAUACUCGUCCUCCCUUUAAAAAUGUCCUGUUAAAUCAGUACUGCAAUUGUCUGGUAUUGCAGAGGUGGCUGCAAUUGCUGCCAGCCAGAAUAUUAUCCUUGGGGUGGAGAUCAGUUUGCAGCCAAGGGGCCGUUAUGGGAAAGCACAGUAUCAUAGACAGUGAAAGGAACAACCAUUAAUAUGCUUCAGUCAUAACAGGUCAGAAAUAGUAUUCUAUACAUAAACGUGGUCCUUGGGUUUGGAGCUAUAAAGAUUUUCUGCUGAUUGUGGCUUGUCAGCAUUUAGAACCAUAUCUGACAACUGUGGCUGGUUGGCAGACCUGAAAGAUAGGUGACUGCUAAUAUAUUAAAAAAAAAAAAAUUGAGAAACCUCAAUUUGACUAUACAUUUUUGAAAAAACAAAAUGUUUUUGGGCAUAACCCCCAAUUUAAAGUUGAUUCAAAGGAGAACUAUUACAAAAAAUGAAACUUUUAAUGUAAGCUUCAUCAUUCAUAAGAAACUUUCUAAAUAUGAUCAAUAAAAGAUUCUGUACGGUUUCUAAAAUAAUGAAGGUUCUUUUCACUAUCCCCCCUAUCAGCACCUGUCUCCAUUCUUUCUUCAUGCAGGACUUGGGUGUCAGAUUUUGAUUGAUAUUUAGAUCUAAUAUAUCUUGUUUGGGGGGGACCUCUUUUCCAGCACAUGUAUUAAUGCUAAAUCAACUGAUUCCAACACAAAGUCUAACAAACAACUGACUAUGGCACAAAUCCUGCAUGUAGAGUGAGGAUUUUUGGUGAUUUUUAAUAUAUCUCUUUAGGCAAAGGGAGCCCCCCCCCCCAAUAGUCUGUAUUAGGCGUAACUGUCAAUCAAAAUCGGACUCCUGACUCCUGCAUAAAGACAGACAGAUGCUAAGGGGGUAUAGCGAAGAGUAAUUAUUUCAGAAAUUAGUCCGAAUUUUAAUUAUAUUGAAAAAGAGAAUCAUAUUUCAUUAUGAUGAAGCUUGUAAUACAUUUUCAUAGUUUACAUUUUUCACGCUAGUUCCCCCUUGCUCUGUACGCACAGCAAGAAGUUACAGGUAUGUGAGCUCCAGGUAAAAGGUAUAUGAUUUUAGGCACUGGUGGGUGCCUUACAAAUUGGCACCUCCCAGAGUUUUGUAUAUUAAGGGGGUUAUUUAACUAAGGUCAAAUGUUAGAAAUUUUUAUACCUCGAAUGAACUCGCAACUCAAAUGAUUUCUUAUUUAAGAGAAAACUGGAAUGGAAAAAACUCAAAUCACCAAGUUCGAGUUGCCAAACCAGAAAACUCGAAUCAAGUUUUCAGUGGAAAAAAACUCAUUGCUCGAGAAUACCCUCCGAAAUAAACCCGAAUAUCUUGAAGGCUAUUAACAUCUUCAAAUUGUUCAAGGGACCUCUGCCAUUGACUCCUACAUGUACAGGUUUUAGAUGCUGUGUUUUCAGAUUCUAGCUAUUUUUAGGGUCGGGGUAUACAAAAUCUUGAAAUGUGAAUUUUUUUAACCAAAAAAUAACCACGAAAACUUGAAUCUCAUUGGAAAACACUACUCGAACCUUAAUAAAUAACCCCCUUAUUUUUCAGAAUAAUCAAAUUUUUAAUCUAUUUCUAAUUUCAGAGUGUGGUUUGACCCUGCAGUCACCUUCUUUUACUCUACUAGGACCAACUCUGGCAUUUUACAUGUCCGAUUUUUUUCCCUCCAAUACCUGAGGAUUUUUGCCUUUCACAUGUGCUUCUGGCUGGUCUACUCACUCAUGAUACUGAUAUUACCCUGUAUGAACUGCAUACAUCUGUGCAAUCUCUGCUACUCUGUGCCUUAAUGUUUGUAUAAUGCACACUGGACCAAUAAACCCUGCCAAUAUUUUGUAUUCUCAAA